GAACGGAACCAGCAUGAUCAGCCUUAUCAUCAAGAACAAGGAUGAAGUUUCUCGAAUAAAUAAAAUGCUGGCGGACGAGCUGGGGACGGCCUCCAACAUCAAAAGCCGAGUCAACCGACUCAGUGUGUUGUCUGCCAUUACAUCCACGCAGCAAAAGCUGAAGCUGUACAGCAAAACGCCGCCCAAAGGACUAGUGGUAUUCUGCGGCACAGUCAUAACGGAGGACGGGAAGGAGAAAAAAAUGUCAAUCGAUUUUGAGCCAUUCAGACCAAUAAAUACAAGUCUUUACUUAUGUGAUAAUAAAUUUCAUGUAGAAGCUCUAAAGGAGUUACUUGAAAGUGAUGAUAAAUUUGGGUUCAUCAUAGUAGAUGGAAAUGGAGCCCUAUUUGGUACCAUACAAGGAAAUACAAGAGAAGUAAUAAGGAGAUUUACUGUAGAUCUUCCAAAGAAGCAUGGUAGAGGAGGUCAAAGUGCUUUACGUUUUGCUCGUCUGAGAUUAGAAAAAAGACAUAAUUAUUUAAGAAAAGUUGCAGAAGUAGCCACUUCAGUUUUUAUAACAAAUGAUAAAAUUAACGUGUCAGGUAUUGUACUUGCAGGAAGUGCUGAUUUUAAGAACGAUCUCAUGCAUAGUGAUAUGUUUGAUCAGCGACUGUUCACCAAGGUGAUAAAAAUUGUUGAUAUAUCAUACGGAGGAGAUAAUGGAUUCAAUCAAGCUAUUGAAUUAAGUUCUGAGGCUCUCCAAAAUGUGAAGUUUAUACAAGAAAAAAAAUUAAUUGGAAAAUUUUUUGAAGAAAUUGCACAAGAUACAGGAAAGGUUGUCUAUGGCAUUGAUGACACUUUGAAGGCUUUGGAGGUCGGGGCUGUGGAGUUAUUAAUUUUAUAUGAAGGAUUGGAUAUAAUAAGAUUGACCACAAGGAAUGCUAUUACGAAUACAACUCGGACGAUGCACCUUUCUCCUCAGGAUGAGAAACAGGAAUCGCUAUACAAAGAAAAUAACGUAGAGUUGGAGGUAGUGGAAAAAAUUUCUCUUACUGAUUGGGUUAUAAAUAAUUACAAGAGGUAUGGAGCUUCUUUGGAUUUCGUCACUAACAAGUCACAGGAGGGGGCCCAAUUUCAGAAGGGCUUCGGGGGCUUUGGCGGCAUGCUCAGGUACAAGCUGGACCUUAAUUUGUAUGACGAGGAUGUGGAGAGCGACGCGGAGCUCUUCUG